CCAGCUAAAUAAAUAUCCAACCAGCACACUACAACCAGGUUCCAUAUCUCCCUUUGCACGACUUGAGCUCCCUCAUUUUUCAAUUUCUAUCCCAAUGGCAAGCGGCUUUAGCUUAUGGCGUUGCAUGCCAUUAAUAGCAAUGUUUUGCAGUCUGAAUAUACUGAUUUUGGUCAGUUGUGAACCGAAAGUACCCUGUUUCUUUAUUUUCGGAGACUCGUUGAUGGACAAUGGCAACAACAAUGAUCUCGACACUCAGGCAAAGGUUAAUUAUCCUCCCUAUGGCGUCGAUUUUACUGACGGACCGACAGGAAGGUUUACCAACGGCAUGAACCAAGCAGAUUUUCUAAGUCAAUUUUUAGGUUUCGAUAACUUUAGGCCUCCCUUUGCUAGAGCUAGUGGCUCUGAGAUGGUCCAAGGAGUCAAUUAUGCUUCGGGAGGAUCUGGGAUUCGUGGCGAAAGUGGCUCAAACUUGGGUGAAGUUAUUAGCUUAGACCAGCAAUUAGGCAAUCACCAAACUACGAUUUCAAAAAUCGUGAGCCUACAGGGGAAUAAUGCGAGUUAUACUGGAGAGUACUUAAAGAAGUGCAUUUACGCAGUUGGGUCGGGGAGUAAUGAUUAUAUCAACAACUACUUCAUGCCAGAUUUCUUCCCAGAAACUAGCCAAUAUACACCGGAACAGUAUGCAGAUUUGCUUAUACAACAGUAUGCCUCACAAAUAAAGGUUUUGUACAACUCCGGAGCAAGGAAGAUUGCUUUGUUUGGACUUGGACCUAUAGGUUGUACACCAGAGGAGAUUAGGACCUUCCCAAGAAAUCUAUCAGGCUGCGUAGACAAUCUAAACAACGCGGUGGCUCAGUUCAACAACAGAAUGAAGCCACUUGUUGAUGGCCUUAACGCGAAUCUGAGUGAUGCACAUGUUACCUACGUUAACAUAUCCAACUUCUCACCACAGAUCGGACUUUUGAGCUUUCCAUGUUGUGAAACAUCCACAACAUUUGGUAAGGGACAGUGUGUGCCAAACCAGAAGCCUUGCCUUGUCAGAACCUUGAGAGCUUUCUACGAUGGAUUUCAUCCAACUGAGACAGGACAUCUGUUGUUUGCAGGAAGAGCAUACACAGCCAUAACGCCGUUUGAUGAUUAUCCUAUAGACAUUCGUCACUUAGCAGAAUUAUAAUUUGUAACAUGUACAUUACAACUAUUUAUCAUUGAUACGUAAAGAAGAAUGAUUUGGUCUAAUUAAUUGGAUUCCAUGCAAGAAUUCUUGAAGGACCAACAGAUAAGUUGUAAUUAGGAAUAAACCUUUAUUUACAAUUCAUUGUCUUUUUUCUUUUCUUUUUA